CGCUUCCCUCUGAGGAGAAGGAAAUGCCACCUCCUCUUCCCCAUUUCCCUCUUCUCUAAGGGAAGGGGUGGGAAACGCUGUCUCCCUGCUUCCCUGUCCUCUGAGGAAGGGUGGGGAAAACACUAUCUCCCUUUCCUUCCUCUCUUGACAGUCUCCCUGUUUUCCUACCCUCUGACGAGGGGGAAAUGCCAUCUCCCUGCUUCCCAUAGGGGAGGGGAAUGCCAUCUCCCUGUUUCCCUUCCCUUGGAAGAGAGGGAAAUGCUGUCUCUCUGCUUCCCUCUUCUCUGAGGAAAGUUGAGGGAAACACUGCCUCCCUAUUUCUUCCUCCUCUGAGAGAAAAAGAGGGGGAACCACAGUCUCCCUGUUUGUCUGCCCUCUGAGGGGAGGAGAGCAACACCAUAUCCCUGUUGCCCUCUGCUGAGGGAAGAGAAUACGACGGGAAGUCUGACCUCCACGUUGGAAUAUCCAACAGCAACGGCGUGGUGUACCACUACAAUGAAGAGGGCAUUCACAGAGCUGCAGUGGGAUGGGAACAGUGCAUCAGUAUCCCUCUAGUACAGCCAGACAUGUUUGGGCUGCUUCAGCAAUGGGAUGAGCUCCUAGAAAAGUUUUCUGUGGGAGAGGCCUGGCUUCCUCAUAGAUAUGAAGAACAUGACCACAACUGCUACACAUACGCGCUGGCAUUUAUUAACAGCAUACUGACUGCACAAGGGAAACGGGAAAUGAGUAAAAGUGAAUUCACGGAGAAAUUUGUAAUCCCACAGACAAAGAAAGCUUCCAAAUAUAUUACUCUGCAUCGGGCGCUAACAGCUAACGAUUUCUACAUUGUACCCCUUCCUGAUGAAGAAAAGCAGUGCUGAAAAUGACAA